AUGUCCACUGCAACCCCACUAGGCGGCAAGGUCGCCCUCGUCACUGGAUCCAGCCGCGGGAUCGGCGCCGGGAUUGCACGGGAACUGGCUCUCCGUGGCGCCGCGGUGGUCAUCAACUACCGAAGCAACGCCUCCACCGCGCAGGAGCUGACCGACGAUAUCACAGCCAAGGGCGGUAAGGCGAUCAGCAUCCGGGCCGAUGUUUCCAACCCCCACGAGAUCCAAACCCUGUUCCAAGAAGUCCAGGCCCGAUUGGGCCAGAUUGACAUCGUCGUUUCCAACUCUGGGGUCGAACAUUUCGGCAAGCUCGGCGAAGUCACCCCGGAACAGUUUGACCGUGUCUUCAGCGUCAACACCCGCGGCCAGUUUUUUGUCGCGCAAGCGGCCUCCCAGCAUCUGUCCGACCAUGGCCGUCUCAUUCUCACAUCCAGUAUCUCGGCCCACGUUUCGCUGGCGGAGCAUGCGGUCUAUGCCGGGAGCAAAUGCGCCGUCGAGGCAUUUGCGCGGUGUUUCGCGCCAGAAUUGGGGCCCCGAGGCAUUACGGUCAAUAGCGUUGCGCCCGGUGGGGUGAAGACGGAUAUGGCCGCAGAAGUCGGGUACAAGUACAUCCCCGGGGCUGAUGCGUCGUGGACCAUCGACGAUAUUGAAGCCUUCGUCUCCGCUCGGACCCCGAUGCGUCGCAUGGGAGUCCCCACCGAUAUCGCCAAAGUGGUGGCUUUCUUGGCUACAGAGGAUGCCCAAUGGCUCAGUGGUCAGAAUAUCACUAUCUCCGGCGGGGCAUCGGCGUAG